AUGCGGUUGGAGUUGGUUCGCGUCGCGGUGGUUUGGUACGAUGCGCGCGGUGCGCAUCACCGCGAGAUGGGUCUCGACGUCAGCUCUCUUCCUCAUGGCGCCCUCCCCAAGUACCUCCGCACCAUGCUCGACAGCGCCCAGUACGGCAUGCGCCUCCAACCCUUCGUGGACCUGAACGCGCUCCCCGAAUGGCCCAAGCCCGACUCCGCGACACGUCGGACCCGCUUCAUCCAGCACUACAUGCCCAAAACCGAGGCCUCGCCCCCCGUCGCUCAGGAUCCGACCUCCCUGGCACAGGUGAUCGAGCGCGGAGAUUGCGACGAGGCAAAGGGGCUCUAUGAGCGUGCGCACAAGUACUCGGGCGCCGCUUUCCAGAUUCCGGAUCCGUUCGCCGGGCUCCGGAUCGCGGUCCUCGAACUCGCGAAGCUCUGCGACUGUGGCUCGCUGUGGAUGAUGGUGGGCUGUACGGAGAAGAGACACAUAAUCAACAUUCGGGUCGUGUCGAUCCGAAAGCUGCACGACCGUACGCCCGUGUUCGUGGUUCUCUACGGCGCCGCCUGCCCGGACGAGGAUGUGCAGUUCGUCGCAUGGGCGCUCGCGCGGAACGCCGCGACACCGUUGAACCCCGGGGUCGCGUAUCUGAAUUCCAAUCAGUUCAUGGUACAUCGCCUCACUGUGAAGCUCCUUCUGCAGAUGCUCCAGAUGAACAGGAGCCUCGUCCCCCCCGAUCUCCCGAUAGAGCGCAAGCGCCUCAAAGAGAACUUCGCAGCAUCGGUGCUGGGGCCUGUGGGGCCCUUGUACGAAAUCUUCUUCGCGGGGAUACAAAACCGACUACUGUGCGCGACUUGCCGGGCACGAUCUAGGAAGGAGUGCUCGCAGUGUUUCGCGGUGGUGUACUGCAACGAAGAAUGCCAACGCAAGCACUGGGCCGUCCACCGCGACGACUGCAUCCCGCGUGCCGCGCCGGGGCGCUGGAUCACCGUCCAGGCGUCGGAUCUGCACUCGGACCCUUCGCGCUCCGGACACCUCACGAACACCGUCGACCUCGUCCAGCACCCCGCCGCGGAUGCGCGGCGAAGGGCGAAGCCGUUCGUGGUGAAGCUGUGGCACCCGUCGUGCCUCGUUCCUUACACUCCUGGCUGCAUUCGCGGGUACUACAGGACGAUGGAGAUGAUCGACAGCAGGCGCUCGCUCGUUCUUUCUAUCAGCGACCCUAGGGAGCUUCUGGACAUACUUGAACAAGAGCUUAUCGGGCCGCGCAUCGAAUACGGGGGCAUGAGAAUGUAUCGCUGGGCCAAGAGGACUGGGACUUGGACUUACGACAUCUGCGUGGAUCGGGUGCCUCCGGCGGCGCUGUCCGGUUGGUGA